AUGCCUACCGAAUUCAUCAGCGUAACCUUCCCCAACGCCUCGACGGAGAUCGCCCCGAUCCCCGGCGCCGGCAUCGACCCGGAGUUCCUGGUCCGGUACGCCAAGAACCUGGACGACUACGGCUUCAACUACACGCUCGUGCCCUACGGGUCCGACUCAUAUGACCCCUUCACCAUCGGCGCGACCAUCGCGGCCGUGACCAAGAACGUCAGCGUCAUCAUCGCGCUGCGGCCCAACACGCUCUACCCGACCGUGGCCGCCAAGGCGCUGGCGACGCUCGACCAGCUCAGCAAGGGCCGCGUCGUCGUGCACUUCAUCGCCGGCGGCAGCGACGCCGAGCAGGCCAAGGAGGGCGACUUCCUGUCCAAAGACGAGCGGUACGGCCGCCUCGAGGACUACAUCAAGAUCCUGCGGCGCGCGUGGGAGUCGGACGCGCCCUUCGACUGGGACAGCAAGUACUACACCUUCAAGGGCUUCACCAACAAGGUGCGGCCGACCAAGGGCACCAUCCCCGUCUCGGUCGGCGGCUCCUCGGACGAGGCGUACCGCAUCGGCGGCUCGCUCGCCGACAUCUUCGGCCUCUGGGGCGAGCCGCUCAAGGAGACCAAGGAGCAGAUCGACCGCAUCUACGGCGAGGCCGAGAAGGCCGGCCGCAAGGACCGCCCGCGCAUCUGGGUGACGUUCCGCCCCAUCAUCGCCGAGACGGACGAGCUCGCGUGGGCCAAGGCGCACCGCACCCUCGACGCCCUCCGGGGCAACAUCUCGGCCGGCCAGGGCAAGCCCGGGCAGGCCGGGCCGGAGCCGCAGAACGUCGGGUCGCAGCGGCUGCUCGAGAUCGCCAAGAAGGGCGAGGUCCAGGACCGCGCGCUGUGGUACCCGACCGUCACGGCGACCAACGCCCGCGGCGCCUCCACGGCGCUGGUCGGCUCGCCCAAGACCAUCAACGACUCCAUCCUCGACUACGUCGACCUCGGCGCCGACCUCAUCUCCAUCCGCGGCUACGACAACCUCAACGACGCCAUCGACUACGGCCGCUACAUCCUGCCCGCCGUGCGCGACGAGUUGAAGAAGAGGGGGGAGAACGGGGCCAACGGCGCGCAAUGA